GGUGGUUUUAAAUAAGAAGGAGGUAUCGUUGCGUCGUAAGAAAAUUCAAAUUCCAGAAGAGGAAGAAGAAGAUGAUAAUUACAUGGACAUUGAUCCGUUAGCAAUCGAAGAACCUAUUAUUCCAUUACCUGAUGAUGAUAUUGACCCUGAUUACGAACCUGGACAUACAGACAAUGAAAGGUCAGAUAGCGACAGUGAUGGAACAUGUAAUUCAAUAGUAAUUGAAAACCAUAUAUCAAUGGAUGAAUGUUAUGAAUCCAUUGCCGAAGACAGUGAUUUUGAGCCUCGUAAGACAAGAAGCAAGAAAGCUCGUGCUAUGUCAACACGAAGAACAAAACGUGUACAUAAUGAUUCAGAUUAUGAAGAAACUGUUCUGAAAUCAUCUCGGAAGUCUAGGCGCAAAAGGAGACGUGUUGAUUAUAAGGAUUAUUAUGAUAGUUCCUCUGACGAACCUUCAACACCAUCGGAUGACAUAUACGAAGAUGAGUCUGCAGACAUCUCUGGCGCUGACCCGACUUCACCGGGUGCGUUUAGGGAUUCUGAUGGCCAAGAUGACGUCGACGCUGCAAUUUUGGAAGCAGUCGGUGAU